AUGUUGCAUACCGCAGAAGAGUACAUGCGUUUGUCUCAGGUGAAGUGUGCAGGUCUAACAGCUGCUACAGCAAGCAGUAUGGCUGUUAUCUGUCUGGAGCUGGCAGCCACGGCCAUGAAGUGUCCUAUAGACAAGGAGUAUGUCGUCAAGCUGUCCGGAUUGAACAAGAAAGCGUAUCAGGGCAGCCUGAAGGCCAUGGAGUGCAUGCUGGGGCUGCAGAGCAGUCUGGGGCUCAGGGGUCUGGCUGUGCAGUACGGCUGCAUGUAGGCGGUGAAGGCAGCGGCUCAGAUCCUUCAACGGUACGAGGACAGUUUACCUGCAGCUCAGCAACAAGACCUCGAUCUGUCCAAAUCCCUGUUCACUACAGCUACUCUGUUCACUGCCUGCAAGUGCAUGAAAAUCAGAGUGGAAAAGAAGCUGGCGUCGUCCUCCGGCACCAAGAAGGCCGUGUUCGACAGGCUGUGUGUUCAGCUUCUGAAGUUCGGCCAAGAGAUUUGCAGUGACACAUCUUCCAUGAAGGGAAAGAUCAAAUCAACACAGAAGAGACAGAAGACUCUGACAGAGACACUGCAGGAAGCAGAAGAGGAUGAUGGCUUGCCAACAUCUAAGCAACAGCGGGAACUGGCACUGAGGGAAGACGAGUAUGAGGAAGAAACGAAACAAAAUUAUGAGGAGUGGAAAAGAAAAAUCCUGGAAAAUGCUCUCAAAGCUAAGAGCGACAGAAUGUGAUGGCUACACCUGCUGAUUUAUUUUAUUAUUUGUCAUGUUUUUAGUUUUCUUCUUUAACAUUGCUCUCUUCUUUUUUGAAUUUAUUUAUCUUUUUUAUGAUCGUGUGUGUGUACAGAUAUUCCCUUUCCUGUAUUAUUUCACUUGAUUGCCUUGACAGACAUGUUUAGAGCACGAUGAUGUGAAUGAGGAGUGAAGCCGAGUGCUGGUUUAUAUUCAGCUGCUUUCGUGUGGUUUGAUGAUGCUCAUUGUUCGUGUGUAGUUUCGGGUGCUUUUUAAUCGACCCCCUCGUUAUCUGUGACUCGAUCACAUCAAGUGUCUCGGGCAGUGUGAAGAAGCGCGUGUUAGUGCUUGUAUUCAUAGGUACACUGUUUUACAUGGGGGGUGUGGGUAUGUCCAACACAAUCUGUACUACUGUUUUAAUAAAACUAAUUGAUCAAAAGGUGAAGCCGAUCUGAGUGUGAAGAAGAAAGGAAUGUCCGUCUUCCCCUCCUCGGUCCUGUACAUCUGUAAGAAUCACGACGUGCUCAUGGAUCUGCUCUGCUGGAACCUCUUGAGCCGGUUGGCCGCCGUCACCGCGUAUAAGUGCUUCUGUAAGAAGGAUUGAUGAGGAGGUGACACACAUGCAGCAGAUUUUGACAUACGGCGUAUGUACGGUGACCCAUACUCAGAAUUUGUUCUCUGCAUUUAACCCAUCCAAAGUGCACACACACACACCGUGAACACACACCC